AUGGAGGCUCAGGUUGUACCGCUGGAGCUCUACGACUCUGCAAGAGCCAAAAUAGACGCAAAUCUCCGCUGGUUAUUUGCCAAAGCCUAUGGUAUAGACAACAUCCCUGCAGACCUGCGAGACCCCUUCUACACUGACCAGUAUGAGCAGGAACACAUCAAGCCCCUCAUCAUCCGCCCGCUGCUGUCUGGAGAGCUCUACUGCCGGGUGUGUGGGCUCAUCCUGCACGCUGAGCAGGCUGCCUCGCUCCAGAGCCACCAGUCUGUCAUCCAGGCCCUGUCCAGGAAAGGCAUCUAUGUCCUGGAGAAUGACAACACGCCUGUUUCUGAUCUGGACCUUAGCUCAGCUCCCAUAAAGAUGAGCGCCCACAUCCACCUCAUUGAUGCGCUGAUGAUGGCCUACAUAGUGGAGAUGAUCAGCAUAGAGAAGGUUGUGUCCAGUGUCAAGCGCUUUUCGAACUUCAGUGCCUCCAAGGAGCUGCCUUUUGACCUGGAGGACGCAAUGGUCUUUUGGAUCAACAAGGUGAACAUAAAGAUGAGGGAGAUCACAGAAAAAGAACUGAAAAUGAAGCAACAUCUGCUGGAGCCAUCCAGUCACCAGAAGCCUGAUAUAUUGCAUGCUCUGGCCCAUUGCUUAUUGGAGCCUGUGGAGUUCUCUCGUGUGGUGCGUUACCGCAGAGAUCACCUGUCAGGUCGGACAUUUCAGCACUUCCCCCUGUUGGACGACUUGUUGAAGGACGUGUGUGAUGGCACGGCUCUGCUGGCUGUGAUCCACUUCUAUUGCCCAGAACUCGUUAGACUGGAAGAUAUCUGUCUGAAGGAGGUUCCCUCCAUAGCAGACAGUGUAUACAACAUCCAGCUACUGAAGGAGUUUUCUAAUGAGUACCUGAACAAAUGCUUCUACCUGAAGGCUGAGGACAUGCUGUAUUCUCCACCCGUGCUGAAGAAUAACUUGAUGGUCUUCAUUGCUGAGCUUUUCUGGUGGUUUGAGAGUGUGAAGCCAGACUUCGUACAGCCCAGGGACCUUCAGGAAAUCAGAGAUGUGAGAUUGCUGCUGCAGCCUAAAGGUUCUCGAUCCCAUGUACCCAUCUCCAACGUCACAAAACGUAGUUUCCUGACAUCAUCGAACUCUGCUGAUGUAUUGACCACACCCCCGAGCCCUGACCUCAGCGCUAAACAAAGCUCAGUAAGCCCUUCUCAGUCUUUACUGCCCCUGAGGCAGAGACAACAGAAGGUGUUUGAGGAGAGCACUUCAGAGCUGAGAAAUAGAUCCAACUCUCUGACACGUGCAGAUGGGCAGCACCAGGGCCCAGUACUGGCCUGGCCAGAGAGGAGGCCGAGGCCUGUAUCCCAACCAGCGCCCUAUGCCCUUCAUUUUCCCAUGGAGGACGAUGCAGACAGUAUCAGCCUUGCUCGCUCCAUCAGCAAGGACAGCUUGGCCUCCAACAUCAUUACCCCCAAACACAUGCUGGGGUCAGGCGCCCAUCUGUCGCAACACAGACUCAGUGGUCAAAGCCUGCUUAGUCACAUGCGCAUAGAAGAUGAAGAGGAGGAAAUAGAAGAGGAGGAACUGGUCGCUGUUAUCCAUCCUUAUGCAUUUUCUAGACAUCGACUUGGGAGUGACAUGGAACAGGAUGAGCUGGAAAUCCAGAGUGCAGCCACCACCUCAAGGGUUUCUAAUACUCGUUGCUCUCCUCGCCUUGACACGGGUCCCUUUACUCCGGACAGUCAGGCAGAUGGCUACUAUCUGGAGCCUUUGAUGCCUACUAUCCCUAAACCAGCCAAAGAGAAGAGCAUCAGCCUGAACAAGCAGGAGGAAAGUGGUGAGAGUCGCUGUAGAGCAGCGGUAGCUGCUAGGAAAGCAGCCACCAAUGUCCCAAGCACCCCACAGAGGAAAGCCCCUGCAACUGAGUCAAAUAGAAGUACCUUCACACCAAUACAUGUUGCAGAAUCAGUGCCUAGCUCUCUGAGGCCGCUCACAGAGGGGUCGGUAGGCAUCUCUCCAUCUGGGAAGAAACAGUCCGAAGGCUUUUUCCUUCACUUGUCUGGAGAGUCGGACUGCCACAGCCCUUUCUCCUCUACGCUGGAGGUAGGGCAUGACUCCGACUCUGACAUUGCAGACCUUGAGGAUGACGAUGAGGAGGACGAUCAGAUGGAGCUGACUAGAGAAGUGAUAAGGAGAGGAAAGGGAAAAUGCCUAGAAGAGGGGGAGGUAUGUGAAUUCGGAGAGGGCGAGUCAGCCAAGCUGAGAGAAGACUUGAAGGUGAGUGAGCGGGACGAUAAGGAAGAUGGCAGUGGACGCUCAAGUCCUUGCCUCAGUACCAUUUCCUGGGCAAGCAGCUGCAGCGCUUCAGGCAGUGCCAGUGUCAAGAUGACUAGCUUUGCAGAGAGAAAGCUCCUUAAACUUGGCCUGCGUGAUGGAUUUUCAAGUACCAGCAGCUCUCAGAAGACCACACCAGAUGGCUCGGAGAUCACCCCCUGCCCUCCCUGGCAGCUGAGGAGUGACUGCAGUUGGCAAGGGAAGGAGCCUGGUUCUGUGUUGGGGAGUAAUAUGAUGGGGAGUCCCCCUGUAGUGCCUUCAGAGCUGCUGCAACUUCACAUGCAGCUAGAAGAGCAAAGACGCGCAAUAGAGUAUCAAAAGAAGAAGAUGGAGAACCAAUCAGCACGGCAGAGGCUAAAGCUUGGGAAAGCUGCGUUCUUGAACAUUGUCAAGAAGGGUGGAGGGAAGAGCGACACACUUCCUCUACCACUAAAACACUCCCAGGAAUCCUCAGAACUAACAGCUGCUGAAAGAAAUAAAGUGAAGAUCCAGUCCUGCAGGGAUGAUUCCUGUCUUGAUGCUCUGAAGGUUCAGGCGAAGGCAAGUCAACCAGAGGCAGGACAGAUGAACAGAGACAACAGAUUGAACACUCUGUCUCAAGAUAAUGGGGCUGAAUCUGGCUUGAAUGAGUGUUCCCGCUCCAUAGAUCUACUCAAUGAAGCUAUUAAUUCCAUUCAGCAGCAGAUGAUGCAGCUCUCCUUUCAGCAAGACCUGCUGAUGAAGCAGAAUGUGGCCUCACCUCCAAAAUGUGUAGAGUCAGUUCCUAGCACAACUCCCAUCACGACACAAACAGCAUCCUCUACCUCAGAGUCCAAAUCUUUUGCCGUCCACUUUGUAGAUAUCAGUGGCAGCAAUUCUUUUCCUGCUCGCCGUCCUCCCAAGCUGAGCUCCAGCCAACGCAGCAAAGCCUCGGACAGGAAACAGAGCAAAGACAACAGCAAGGUUUCCUCUAUCAAGUCUAAUACUCAGUCUCCAGAGGGCACGCCCACUCCAAGAGAAAGUACCGACGGAGACCAGGAGAUGGGGACUAUUGCAGAGAGCUCCAGGCUAGAGAGAAGCAUUCAGAGAAACACCACCUUCAGAGUCCAUGAUGGCACCGGAGAAGGAACUGAGCGCCUCCCAGACAAACCCCAGUCACAGGACCCGUCAGUCAUCUCCAGUACAACCGUAUCUCCCUCACAGGCUGCGGAACCACAAGAGCACAAAGCUGACAACUCAGGAAAAGAGGCUUUGGGAGGAGAUGAGAGUACCAGGGUCAAAGGCCAACUGAUUGAGGUCGACUUGUCAGAGCUUAAGGAGCCACUGGAGGAUGGCAGUGCAGAUGUUGCAGACUGCACAGCAGACAGCGAGCAGAAGAAUGUGUUGGGCUUCUUCUUUAAGGAUGAUGAGAAGGCAGAGGAUGAAAUGGCCAAACGUCGUGCCGCUUUCCUCCUCAAACAGCAGCGCAAAGCUGAAGAGGCGAGACUACGCAAACUACAACAAGAAGCCGACAGUGAGCUCAAACGUGAUGAGGCCAGGCGUAAGGCAGAGGAGGAUCGUGUUCGUAAGGAGGAGGAGAAAGCACGGCGAGAACUGAUUAAGCAGGAAUACCUCCGGAGGAAGCAGCAAGCGCUGAUGGAGGAGCAGGGUCUGGUCAAACCUCGUCCAAGGACUAAAUCCCGCAGGAACAGGCCGAAAUCACUGCACCGUGAAGAGUCCAACAGCCUCUCCAAAGGAUCCACCACACCUGAUCUGAGCUGCAGUCAUCGAGGAUCAACCCUCUCUUUGGCGACUGAGGCAGACAGUGUCAUCUCUGGAGGGGCAGAGGCUGGAUCUGUGUGCUCUAUGGAGUCGUUCCCCAUGCUGAGCAGGGCAUCUAGCAGGAACAUGGAAAGGGACUGGGAGAACGGCUCCAUAGCCUCCUCCAUCACCUCUACAGAGUAUAACGGUCCAAAACUCUUCAAGGAGCCGAGCUCCAAGUCCAACAAGCCAAUCAUCAUCAAUGCCAUCGCUCACUGCUGCCUGGCUGGGAGGGUUAAUGAGCCCCAGAAAAAUGUUGUUCUGGAGGAGCUCGAAAAGUGCGAGUCCAACCACCUGAUCAUCCUCUUCCGUGACGGCGGGUGCCAGUUCCGCGCCAUUUAUUCUUACUCACCUGACACUGAGGAGAUCAUCAAGUUCACAGGCACUGGACCACGCACCAUCAGCCGAAAGAUGAUCGACAAGCUCUACAAAUACAGCUCGGACCGCAAGCAGUUCACCGUCAUCCCCGCCAAGAGCGUGUCGGUCAGCGUGGACGCCCUGACCAUCCACAAUCACCUCUGGCAGGUCAAGAGACCGGGGAGUGCACGGAGGAAGUGAGAAAGAGGAGGAGAGAAAGACAAAUGGACAGUUUCUGUUCUGAUCUACGACUGUUGGGCAGGACCCAAUAAUCGUGGAGAUGAUUGACAUGUGAUCAUGUGUCCGACACGUCAAGAGAUAGAGGAGGGUUAGAUGUUCUCAGUU